UUGAUUUGCCAGUGGGGUGGUUUUUGACGCAGAUCUGGCAACCCUGCGUUGGAAGUUCUUCAAAGAUUUUCGCUUCACAGUUCGCGCUGACGUGCGUGAUGCCUGAAGAAUAAAAACAUUUAAACUUACAGCAGGACUGCAUUCCAGUCCUCAUAUGAUCUCAGAAGGCCAUGGAGGGCAGUCCAGGUGGAUUUGGACCUGCUGAGCUCAUAUCGGAGCUAUGUCACACAAGUGUGGACACACCAUUACCUGUGUGGCAGAAUGGGACCAUCAGUCCCUGUCUGAACCAGCUGAUAUUUGGAUCACUCUCGCAUGCUAUUAUUGCCAUCUGCUGUGUCUGUUACAUUAGUGUGCCCAGGCUUAGUUAUAUUGCUUCCUCCCUUCCCAUUGGCUGGGGCUUCCGGGCCGCAUCCGCCCUGCUGUUGGCUCUACUCUUUGUUGGAGACCUGGUCCUCGUUUUUGAGCUUCAGGCCCCAGACAUAUACCUGGACGUCUUAGCUGAUGGAUGUUGCUUGUUGGCCUGGUUAGUCCAUUUUGGUGCAGUUUUGGCUUUACAACAAUCCAUCUACAGAAGAACUCGAGGUCCAGCUGCGCUUCCUGUGCUGGCUAUUUUCUCACUUCCUAAUCUCGCAUUCACCCUCACUACUUACGUCCAAGAAAACAUUCAUGUUGGUUUCUCUAAGCCUCUGCAGGUCAUCCGUCUUGCUUUGACGAUAACCAGGGCUGUUUUGGUUCUGGUCUAUCUUCUUGGCUAUACCUUUCCAUGUUACAGAACUCAAAGGGACCUUCUUUCCUGUAAUUCGGAGGAUGUGGCUCCUUUAGUUGUGUCGGAGCUCGAUGAUGGAGUAACUGUAGCAGAGGACGGCUGCAGCUUGCUUUCCAGGUUCCUCUACCUGUGGCUUAAUCCACUGUUAAGGCGAGGCAAACGUGGAGAACUGGAGAGGCCAUCUGACGUCUUCCAGCUGCCCCAUCGAUUGCGUACUAAAGCGGUCACAGUCCGGUUCCACCAAUGCUGGCAGAAAUGUCUAAAUUCGAAAGGUUUGGAGAGAUCUGAUAGACCUCUAAGAGGAAACCUACAGGAAAACUCCUGGAGUGAGAUCCAGCCUGAGGAGAUACCUGAGGGAGCGAGAAAACAGGAUGUCAGGCUUUUUCAAGUGUUGCACAAGGCUUUUGGUCUACGUUAUUACCUACUGGGUGUGUUGAAGUUAGUGGCUAGUAUGCUAGCUUUUGCAGGUCCGUUACUUCUAAGUGGAUUAGUGGGUUUCAUGGAGAAAGAGGGGGCACCAUUAAGCCAGGGCGCUUGGUGCGCCGUUGGACUUUUUGCCAGUACGUUUGUUGCUGCAAUCCUGAGAAACAUCUUUGUGUAUGAAGUUUCAAAGGUCGCACUGGAGGCUCGGGCUGCCGUGAUAUCUGUCAUAUACAGUAAAGCUCUUAAGGUCAGUGGAUCUGCUCUGGCACGCUUCAGCAUGGGUGAGGUGGUCAACUUCAUGAGCACUGACACAGAUCGUCUGGUGAAUUUCUUCAACAGCUUCCACGAGGUUUGGAGUCUUCCCUUCCAGUUUGUCCUCGCACUUUACCUGCUUUACCUACAGGUUGGCGUGGCUUUUUUAGGAGGGGUGGGUGUGGCCCUGCUGCUUGUGCCUUUGAAUAAAGUCUUGGCAUCACGAAUACUGGAAAACAACAAGCAGAUGUUGGUACACAAGGAUGGAAGAGUAAAGCUAAUGACAGAGAUCCUCUUUGGGAUUCGGGUCUUAAAAUACUACAGCUGGGAAGAGCACUUCACUCAGAAGAUUGCCGAAGCUCGCAAACAAGAGCUACAUCAUCUGAAAGUUCUCAAGUAUCUGGAUGCUGUGUGUGUAUACACAUGGGCUGCUUUACCUGUGGUCAUCUCUAUACUCACCUUCAUCACAUACGUCCUGCUGGGAAACAGUUUGACAGCUGCAAAGGUGUUUAGUACUCUAGCUCUAGUCGGGAUGCUCAUCCUGCCACUCAAUGCUUUUCCAUGGGUGCUGAAUGGAACGCUGGAAGCCAAAGUUUCUUUGGAUCGUAUUCAGCGAUUCCUUACACUACAAGAUCAAGACCUCGCCGUCUAUUACAGUCAAGUGUCUCCUGAAGACCCUUCCUCUGUGGUUCAGAUGAACCAGGCAAGUUUCUCCUGGAAGCAGUCAGAAGAAGCACAUUCUGUUGGCAUAUCUGAUGACAGGACAGAGGAGGGGUUGUCACCGAGAAGCUUUUACCUGCAUGCUCUCAACAUCAGCAUCAAAAGGGGCUCGCUGGUGGUCGUGGUUGGAAAGGUUGGCUGUGGGAAAAGUUCACUGCUGGCUGCCAUAACAGGAGAACUUGAAAGGUGUGGAGGGGAUGUUUCUGUUCACGGAAGAGAGCAGGGAUUUGGGUUGGUUGUCCAGGAGCCGUGGAUCCAGCAUGCAACAGUGCGAGACAAUAUUCUUUUCGGCAAAGAUUUUGAUAGCAUGUUUUAUCAGGCUGUUAUUGAGGCCUGCGCCCUUGCUGAUGAUCUAAAUGUUUUGCCUAAUGGAGAUCAGACGGAGGUGGGUGAGAAUGGCGUCACUCUGAGCGGAGGACAGAAGAGCCGUCUUGCUUUGGCCCGGGCUGUUUAUAUGGACAAAGAAAUGUAUCUGCUAGAUGACCCAUUAGCAGCCGUAGAUGCCGACGUCGCCCACCAUCUCAUGGAGAAAUGCAUCCUGGGAAUUCUCAGGAACAAGACUAGAAUUCUUUGCACCCAUCGGAUAGAGUUUGUGGAUAAGGCGGAUGUGGUUGUGGUGAUGGACAAUGGGAUGACAGUAAGAACAGGGACACCAAGUGAAGUUCUCUCUUUUGUUAAAGCCGUCCCUAAAGACAGCAAAAACAACAGCAAUGCUAUGGAGAAAGAUAGUUUAGGCGAAGAUGAACCAGCAACCAAUCAGCUGGAACAAGAGGCGGAGCUAAAUAUGUUUGGGGAGGAGCAGAAACAAAUGGGCAAGCUUUCAUGGGCCGUGUAUCGUUCCUAUUGGAGAGCAGUGGGUGGAUGCAUGGCAGUAUUAGUCCUGCUUUCCCUCUUUCUAAUGCAAGCCUCCAAAAACGUCUCUGACUGGUGGCUGUCUCAUUGGAUUUCACAUAUAAAAGGCAAUGCCACUGACUUGAUGUCUCUGUCAGCUGGUCCACUUUUAACACUGACUAUAAUCUCCCCCGGAAGUCUUUCGUUUUACAUACUUGAUCGAGAUUCAGAGACUUCUGGGAACGUGAGCUCUGACCUAAAGUUUUACAUGAGCGUGUAUGGAUCUCUGGCAGCAGCUAACACACUCUUUACAGCUGCUCGAGCUUUUCUUUUCGCCUAUGGAGGGAUCUGUGCCGCUACCAUUGUUCAUAAGAGACUGCUGUCCAGUGUACUUAAGGCCCCCAUGACGUUUUUCGACACUACACCGUUGGGUCGCAUCCUAAAUCGUUUCUCCUCCGAUAUUUACAGUGUGGAUGAUUCGCUUCCCUUUGUCUUGAACAUCCUCCUGGCGAAUGUGUUUGGGCUGGUUGGGAUGCUGGUUGUGAUGAGCUAUGGUUUGCCCUGGGUGCUGCUCCCUUUGGUUCCACUGGGGGCGCUGUACUACCAAACUCAGUGUUAUUAUCGUCACUCGUCCCGUGAGCUCAAACGACUGUGCAGUCUCACUCUCUCACCGGUUUAUUCACACUUCUCAGAGACUCUCAGUGGCCUGGCCACAGUGCGAGCCAGUGGACAUACUGCAAGAUUUGAGGAAGAGAACGAGAGACGUUUAGAGCAGAAUCAACGCUGUCUCUUUAACAGUAACGCUGCUAUGCAGUGGCUGGACAUUCGCCUUCAGAUGAUUGGUGUCACCGUGGUAACCGGCAUCAGCGUGAUUGCGGUUAUCCAGCAUCAGAUGAAAUCCAUCGAUCCAGGUCUGGUGGGUCUGUCUUUGUCCUACGCGCUGUCCAUCACCAACCUGCUGUCAGGUCUGAUUUUUAGCUUUGCGCAGACAGAGAUGCAGUUGGUGAGCGUGGAGCGUACCGAAGAAUAUUCAACCAACAUCCCACAAGAGCCUCAUCAAACUAACACCGAGGUUCCAGACUUGUGGCCUGAGCGGGGCCGAAUUCAGUUUGUGGGUGCUGUAUUGGCGUACCGGCCGGGCCUGCCCAACGCUCUUGAUGGAGUCAAUCUGGAAAUAUUACCUGGUGAGAAGGUUGGCAUCGUGGGGCGUACAGGCUCGGGGAAGUCCUCACUGUUUCUCGCCCUGUUUCGCAUGGUGGAUCUGAAUCAGGGUCGGAUUCUGGUGGAUGAAGUGGACAUCGGCUCAGUCAGGCUUAGUCACCUGAGGUCAAAGCUGGCCAUCAUUCCUCAGGAUCCCUUCUUGUUCUCCAGCUCAGUGCGAGAGAAUCUUGAUCCGCAUGGGCGUCAUCCAGACUACCGGUUGCUGGAUGCUCUCGAGCAAUGCCAUCUGGGAGAUGUUGUACAAAGAAUUGGUGGCCUGGAUUCUGAGGUUGGAGAGAGAGGAAAGUCUCUCUCUGUGGGACAAAGGCAGCUGCUGUGUCUUGCUCGGGCUCUGCUCACUGAGGCUAAUAUUUUGUGCAUUGAUGAGGCCACAGCCAGUGUUGACCAGAAGACUGAUCUACUGCUACAGAAAACCAUACGAGAAAAAUUCAAGGAUAAAACCGUUCUCACCAUCGCACACAGGCUAAAUACAAUCAUGGACUCCGACAGAGUACUAGUGAUGCAUGCUGGGAAGGUGGUGGAGUUUGACAGCCCAGAUGCUCUGUGCCAAAAACAGGAUUCUGUUUUCAAGAAACUCUUACAGGGAGGAGAAGACUGAGCAUUCGAUACAGGAGUGAAUACUGCAUUGUCAGACUGUAGACGAACGCAGAAGGAUUUUAAUAAUCUACCUUUAGUACUACCUUUAUAUCUAUAAACUUGAUGCAUGGACAUUAAAUACUUGCAUAUACCUGCAAUCAUGUUACGUAAUGUCAAACUCAGGGAUUUUGUUAUAAACAAUUGUAUUAGAAUGUGACCAAUUCUUUACAAUGUAAAAUAAUCUUUUACUCAUUGUCUGGUUAACAGAUUUGUGCAUAAACAUAAACAACAUUCACACUAAA